GUCGGCAACAGAUCUGUAGAGCGGUCGUACUUAGUUAAAACGCGCGGUAUAAAUCCGGAGGUCCUCCUCAGAGGUACGAAAGACUCUGGACCAUACCCCGCUAUUCCCUCUCAGAGCUUCCUACGAGCCACACAAAGCUCAUUCAUCUUACGGUCUUGUCAUGUCCUCCAACUCCUCGGUCACUUCUUCACCCAACACCAUGUCUUCCGAAGCCCCUUUCCUACCCCAUCAUCCUUCGCCUUCGCGUGCAUCCUCUUGGGGUGGACCUUCGUCCGUCACCUCCCAGUCCAGUGGAUUGGAUUACUACGGAUUGCCUCCAUCUCCUCACUCCGACAACUCCACUCUUGUUGGCUCGCCCCUGUCCUCUAUCAAGGCGUUGCGGUCGGCUCAGCUCACUCCGGACUCGCUCUGCGACUCCGAGCAGCAGCAGCUUUGCCUCCCCACUCACCAGGUCUUUGACCUUCCCGACACCAGCAAUGUCUCGUCUCCAUCUCCAUCUUCCAGUGCUUCCCCUUCCCCUUACGAGCCAUCGACCAGGGGUGAGAAGCGUUCGCUGUCCCCUACGCCCGGCGCAACGCGGAGGAAGAGCACUGGCGAGCGCGUCACCACCAAGGACUUUGUCCCUCCCGACGUCUCUGGCUUAACCAAGCGCGAAGCGCGUCUGGUGAAGAACCGGGCCGCCGCCUUCCUCAGCCGGCAGCGCAAGCGCGAAGAAUUUGAGGCCAUGGAAGUUCGGGUCAAGGAGCUUGAAGCCGAGGCCGUGAAAUUUGCUGCCAUGUCUCAGCAGGGCGGCAUGAGCACUGAAGUGGAGAAACUUCGGGCGCAGCUCGCUGAGGCUGAGAAGCGUGAGCAAGCUCUUCGAAGCACUCUCGCGCGUCAGCCGAACGUGAAGAUCGAGAGUAUCGACAAGCCAAUGGCCUCCUCGUCGCGCGAGGCCUCUGCGUCGCUCCGCAACGGCCACAGGCUUGGUUUUGUUCCAGUGCUCUCUGGCGCUUUGACUUCGUAUCUCGGUAGCGACAGCUGGCCACAGGUUCCCCAGUUCGAGAUCGAGCCGGAAGUGCUCGAUGUCUUCGCUAGCCUCGAGGUCUCGUAUGCUCCGUCGAGCGAUGGUCGUGGCCGCGUCCGCAUCCACCGGCCCCUGGCUGUCCCCGUCAAGAACGAGAGCCGCUCCCCAUCUUCUAUGCAGGCCUGGCCAGUAUCCGGCAUGAACAACUUCGGUUCAUCAUUCUCGAACCCGAUGAUGGCUACCCACUCACUACCCACGGCCAGCGAGCUCGACCGUCUCGGCCCUUUCAUGGGCAUGGGCGCUGGGCAGCAGCGGUUCGACGUCGACAUCCCUUCGACACCAUCAUUUUACGAACACCCUGGAUCGAUGGGUCACCAUCAGCUCGCCGAGGCUGGCUUCGAUUACGACCCACGUUUCUACAACCAGUAUACCCCUCGGAUGUGCAAAGCAUAAAGAUAAUAGCUUGAGCAGCCGUUUUUUCGGGGGCAUUUGUAAUCUGUAAUCUUCUUGUUGUUGUACGCUUCUCUUUGGUUUCUCGAGCUCUGGGCGUUUAUUCCGGUUGAGUCCAGCUUUGGUUGAUAACUUAUAGGCGUCGUAACAUCUCCCCACUUCUAUACCCUCAUGGUGGAGUUGACUUGCACCGCCGUGCAUCGCUAUACCUCUUACGAGCCUUAAUGCUUGCUUAAAAGUAAGUUAUGACGCCUGCAUCGCCCCGGGUAACCCUGUGUUGGUUGUUUGCUCUGUAGUUCACUGUACAUUACCACCACUUCGCAUAUUUAAACCCGCAUGCAUUUUAACAUCUAUGAUACGUACCUAG